CGCCCCGCGCCGCGCCGCCGCGCCGUCCAUGCACCGCUUGAUGGGGGUCAACAGCACCGCCACCGCCGCCGCCGGGCAGCCCAAUGUCUCCUGCACGUGCAACUGCAAACGCUCUUUGUUCCAGAGCAUGGAGAUCACGGAGCUGGAGUUCGUCCAGAUCCUCAUCAUCGUGGUGGUGAUGAUGGUGAUGGUGGUGGUGAUCACCUGUCUGCUGAGCCACUACAGACUGUCCGCGCGCUCCUUCAUCAGCCGGCACAGCCAGGGCAGGCGGAGAGAGGACGGGCUCUCGGAAGGAUGCCUCUGGCCCUCGGAGAGCACCGUGUCCAGCGGUGGAAUCCCAGAGCCGCAGGUCUACGCCCCUCCUCGGCCCUCGGACCGCCUGCCUGUGCCGCCCUUCGCCCAGCGGGACCGCUUCCACCGCUUCCAGCCCACCUACCCCUACCUGCAGCACGAGAUCGACCUGCCCCCCACCAUCUCGCUGUCUGACGGGGAGGAGCCCCCGCCCUACCAGGGCCCCUGCACCCUCCAGCUGCGGGACCCCGAGCAGCAGCUGGAGCUCAACCGAGAGUCAGUGCGCGCGCCCCCCAACAGAACCAUCUUCGACAGUGACCUGAUGGACAGCGCCAUGCUGGGCGGCCCCUGUCCCCCUAGCAGUAACUCGGGCAUCAGCGCCACGUGCUACGGCAGCGGCGGGCGCAUGGAGGGGCCGCCCCCGACCUACAGCGAGGUCAUCGGUCACUACCCGGGGUCCUCCUACCAGCACCAGCAGAGCACCGGGCCGACCUCCCUGCUGGAGGGGACCCGGCUCCAGCACCCGCACCUCGCCCCGCUGGAGAGCAAAGAGGAUAAACAGAAAGGACACCCCCUCUAGGAGCCGGGGGCCAGGCCGGGGCAGCGUGGCUUAAGGCAAAACACUCGGCACUUCCUAAAGGAGAAGAGAGGAGGGCAGGGUGACACACCCCCUCCGUGUAUAAAUAUUUACAUGUUAUGUCUGGUCUGAAUGCACAAGCUCAGAAA